AUGAAGAGCAUAUGCAAUGUUUUGCAUGGGUUGAAACCAGUGAUGCUGAUGGUGGUAGUGCAAAUUGCAUAUGCUGCUGUUAAUGUGCUUUACAAGCUCGCCAUAAACGAUGGAAUGAGUGUCAAGGUUGCUACAGCAUACCGUCUCGCUUUCGGAUCUGCUUUCACUGUUCCUCUUGCUCUCAUUUCUGAGAGGAAUAAGAGGCCAAAGCUGACAUGGAGGGUGGUUUUCAUGGCAUUUCUUUGUGGUUUAUUUGGGGGAAGUUUAUUUCAGAACCUUUUCUACGAGUCCUUGGCUUUAACAUCAGCAACGUUUGCGUCCGCUAUCUACAACCUCAUUCCAGCCAUCACCUUUGUCUUGGCCAUCUCCUGCGGUUUCGAAAGAUUAAAUUUGAGGGCAGCAGCAGGAAGGGCCAAGGUGUUGGGAACACUGAUUGGAAUUGGUGGGGCAAUGUUGUUGACCUUUUUCAAAGGAGCAGAAUUGGAUAUUUGGCCCUUCCAUAUAAACCUUUUGCAUCCACAUCACCACCAAAAUACCCACGUUGCACCACUAAAUGCUGACUCUGGCAGUAAAUUGUUGGGUGUUCUCUGUGCCAUAGCAAGUUGCUUCUCUUUUGCUUUGUGGCUCACUAUUCAGGCUAAGAUGAGCAAAGAAUACCCAUGCCAUUAUUCAAGCACUGCUCUAAUGUCUACAAUGGGAGCAAUACAAGCCACUGUUUUUGGUGUCUGCGUGGAGAGGGAUUGGAGCCAAUGGAAGCUGGGUUGGAAUAUCAGGCUACUAGCUGUGGCUUAUUCGGGAAUCGUUGCCUCUGGAUUAGUGGUUAUUAUCACUGCAUGGUGCAUACAGAUGAGAGGGCCACUAUUUGCGUCUGUUUUCAACCCUCUAAUGCUUGUGCUUGUGGCUAUUUCCGGUUCUUUGAUGUUGGAUGAGAAAUUAUAUAUAGGAAGUUUGCUUGGAGCAGUGCUGAUUGUGAGUGGGCUUUACAUGGUUCUAUGGGGUAAAAGUAAAGAGAUGAAAAACAUGACUCAGUUAGUGCCAUCAGAAACGAUCCAAGAAGCUGAAGCCAUAGAAGUUGUUGUCAUGUCCUCUCCAGAAGAUCACGAUAAAUGUGACCACAACGAAACUAGUAGUACUUUGGAGAAUGUUGACAAAGAUAGUGGCGAUUUGUCAAAAAAUAAGGAAGAAGAUGAUACUCACAUAUAA